AUGGUUGUUGCGGUUUCCGGGUCGGAUGUCUCCCCUAUUGUCCGGAUACCUGGGAAUAGUGGCACGCUCAUCAAGCGAGCAUUAGACACUGGAGCCCAUGGCAUCGUGGUCCCCUCGAUCAACACCGCGUCGGAAGCCCGGUCUGUGGUGCGCCUGGCCAAGUUUCCUCCGUUAGAGUAUGUGGCCCGGGCCAAUGGGACUCUGAUCACGAUGAUUCAGGUCGAGACCAAAGCUGGAGUCGAAUAUGUCGACGAGAUCAGCCAGGUAGAGGGUGUUGACCUUCUGUUCAUUGGACCAAAUGAUUUGUCACUGGAUAUAUUGGGCUACACGCCUGCCAAGUUCACCGAGACGGCUUUUCUCGAAGCGAUCGACAAGGUCGUCGAAACCGCCCACAAACAUGGCAAAAAGGUCGGCAUUCUGGUUGUCGACGGAGAGGCAGCCAAGAAGGCGAAGGAACGGUUCGACAUGGUCUUGGUGAGCAAUGACGUGAGGUCGCUGCAAGCAUGGUAUGGGAACGAGUUGGAAAUUGCACGGUCUUGA